CAAAAAUCGAUCUGAAGCGAGCAGUGGUCUGUGAACUCGAGCUGUGAGAGUGCUGAGACUGUUUGGUUGAUAUCUCGAGUUUUACCAAUCCAAUUAAGGCGUGUGAGAUACCAAAAGAAAGCUCUCAAGACGAGGAAUCCGUGAAGGUCUGGUUUGCAUCAAUCGGAGUAGAGGAAGGCUUCCAAAUCGUCCGAGCAGAACGCGACCUCGCAGGGACGGAUUUACUCUUCUAAGAAUCGAGUUAGCCGGAAAACACCCGUUCUAGGGGCUGUUUUCGUAUCAACGAUUAGGAGUUGAAAUAGCAACUUGAGGAAGCUGUUUAACACCCAUUUUCAAGCAAGGAACCAGCUCUCAAUAUUCCUUGGCCGAGGCUUUGGUCAUUGGAUCGAGAAGGAAGGUUUUAAAGCUCAUUUGAGGUUGAGGCUAGAGCUUGCUUCCUGUGCUCGUUGCUCGAGAGAUCAUCUAGGAGGGAAGACUUGCGAUGGAGGGUGAUGGUGGUAUUAUGAAUAGGGAGAACUCGGAAGGGUUUGCACCGGGUGGAACCGGGCAUGCCAACCGAGAAAAGCCCUUAGGACCAAAGGUGCACGAAACUCUUGAAGCUCAAAUCGUGAGGGGUGGUCAUGUUAAGACCAAGGAAGAAUCACCUUGUUAUGGCAAAACUGAACCACUCAAGGCUUCGGGUGACGAAGGAGAUGAUUUGAGUGAUGAGGACCUUGAUGGUGCACCCAUUGAACAAAUGGGCAUGGUCAUAGAUUGGCUUCAACGUGAACGUGUAAGGCUUACACAAAAACGCCAAGCUAGGCAAGCUGAGGGCAUACCAUUAGUAAGGAAAAGGAAGCGGGGAGACAACGAUUCCCAAAGACAUUCAAGGAGGACAAACGUUGAGGGUGACAAAACCUUCAGGGCGCAGACACUAUCACUUGAGUGGAGUCGAGGCUUGGGUGGCCCGAACUCGAGGUCAAAAGGUCCGAGGGUACCUAAGUGCAACAAUUGCAAGAAACACCACUCGGGUAAGUGUCAGGACCCUCCCAGGUGCUAUCAAUGCACAGAGGUCGGGCACACGAGAGUGAGUUGCCCACAAAUUGUGCAAAACCAAACUUCGGGGUCAAGUGGUGGAACUACAAGAAAUGAAAACCAAACCGAGGUUUCUCAAGGGAGCAGGGGACAUGGGGGAGCAAGCACGAGCAACGCGCCAUCCGUGAACCAAGGAAGGACCCAAGCUAGGGUCUAUGCGAUGACGGAGGCGGAUGCUCAAGCUAACCUGGAUUCCGUUGAAGGUAGUACCUCUUGUAUACUUGUUUUUUAUCCUUAAUUAGUCCAUAAAUUGAGGUUGCUAGUCGUUGGGAUCAUUGUACGAAGCUUUGGGGUCAAACGGAGCGAAAUCGGGCGAAAGACGGCUGAUUUCCGCCAACGCACACCAGGCUGGACCAUACGCACGGCCGUGCGUUGUCCGUGCGUUGGUCCGUGCGUUGGUGGCAGUAGCAACCGGGAAGAAAUUGCUAUACGCACGGCCGUGCGUUGUCCGUGCGUUGGUCCGUGCGUUGGUGGCAGUAGCAACCGGGAAGAAAUUGCUAUACGCACGGACGUGCGUUGUCCGUGCGUUGGUCCGUGCGUUGGUGGCAGUAGCUCCGUUUUGAGGUUAUAAGACACGCACGCCGUGCGUACCUCCUAGGCACGCCGUGCGUACCUCCUGGGCAGCCCAAAGUCGACUUUUUCGCGCCGUAUUGCAACGUUAAGACCCGUUCUUGAUCCCAAACAUGUGUGUGAACAUAAUAAACCUCUCUAAAUGUAUAAGAAUGGUAGGAAAGGUAUCUCACAUGACUUAUAAAUGUAGGAACACUAAAGAUUAAUGGGAAGGAUGCGCGAAUCCUUAUCGAUACCGGGGCGCAACGUUCAUUUGUGAAUGAAGCGUUCGCCAAGAGGUUGGGAGUGCAAUCCGCACCAUUGAUGCAAACCUUAGUGGUAUCAACACCACUAGGGGAUGACGUGGAAAGAACUUGUUACUAUCCAUCUUGUGGGGUGGAGGUUAAUGGUCAAACCUUGACGUGUGACUUCGUACCGCUGAGCAUGGUUGAAUUCGAUGCAAUCCUAGGGAUGGAUUGGCUAGAAAGGAACCAUGCUAGGGUAGAUUGCUACACGAAGGUUCUUGAACUCGAAGGCAAUGAUGGGGAGACCCUACGCUUCGAGGGCGAUCGAGGGAGAUCAAAUAGCUGUAUCAUAUCCGCCGUGAGAGCGAAAAGUAUGAUGAGAAAGGGAUGCCACGCAUAUCUAGCAUACGUGGUUGACAAAACCAAAGAAGAAAUGAACAUCGAUGAUGUGAGGGUGGUUUGUAAGUAUCCGGAUGUCUUCCCUAAAGACCUGCCGGGGCUUCCACCUGAUAGGGAGAUUGAAUUUGUGAUCGAGGUCGAGCCCGGCACCAAACCAAUCUCCAUACCGCCAUACCGUAUGGCACCCGCUGAACUUAACGAGUUGAAAACCCAAUUGCAAGAGCUUUUGGAUAAUGGUUUCAUUAGCCCAAGCCACUCCCCGUGGGGAGCACCAGUUCUUUUUGUGAAAAAGAAGGAUGGGACACUUCGAAUGUGUAUUGACUAUCGUCAACUGAACAAGGUCACAAUCAAGAAUAGGUAUCCUUUGCCUAGAAUUGAUGACUUGUUUGAUCAACUACGAGGAGCAACUGUGUUUUCGAAGAUUGACUUGAGGUCGGGGUACCAUCAAUUGAAGAUUAAGGAAGACGACAUACCAAAGAGUGCUUUCCGCACAAGGUAUGGGCAUUUUGAGUUCCUUGUUAUGUCGUUUGGGUUAACAAACGCCCCAGCGGCAUUCAUGGACUUGAUGAACCGAGUAUUCCACAAAUACUUGGAUCGAUUCGUGAUUGUGUUCAUAGAUGACAUUUUGAUUUACUCAAAGAAUGAGGAAGAGCAUGAAGAGCACUUGAUACUCGUUCUUGAGACACUACGGGAGAAGCAACUUUAUGCCAAAUUUUCUAAAUGUGAAUUUUGGCUAAAGGAAAUUGGCUUUCUCGGGCAUGUGGUUUCGGGAUCGGGAAUUGCUGUUGAUAAUAAGAAGAUAGAGGCCAUUACUGAAUGGGAGAGACCAAAGAAUGUCAAGGAAAUUUGUAGUUUCCUUGGACUGGCAGGCUACUACAGAAAGUUCGUGGAGAAGUUCUCUGUUUUGGCAUCACCAUUGACGAAGCUCACUCGUAAAGGAGCUAAGUUUGUAUGGGAUGACAAAUGGGAGGAGGGGUUCAUGGAACUAAAGAAGCGAUUGACCGAGGCACCGGUACUUGCAUUACCCAAACAGGGUGUGGGGUACGAUGUCUAUAGCGAUGCGAGCAUCCAAGGGCUUGGAUGCGUACUGAUGCAGAAUGGGAGGGUAAUCGCCUAUGCUUCACGACAGUUGAAGAAACAUGAGGUGAAUUAUCCUACUCAUGACUUGGAGUUGGGGGCUGUGGUGUUUGCACUGAAGAUAUGGAGACAUCAUCUCUACGGGGAGACAUGUCACAUAUACACUGAUCACAAGAGCUUGAAAUACGUGUUUACUCAGAAAGAGCUAAACAUGAGACAGAGACGGUGGAUGGAGUUGAUAAAAGACUACCAUCUAGUGAUAGAGUAUCACCCAGGCAAGGCAAACGUGGUGGCAGAUGCUUUGAGUCGGAAGAGCUCGUCUGGGGCAUUGCUAGCUAAUUUGAGGGCAUUAAGAGCCCAACUGGAGGUAUCCAGCGAUGGUGCCUUAUUGGCACGAUUUGAGGUGAGACCUACUUUACUUGAUGAGAUCAAGAAGGGUCAAGAGACUGACGCAGAACUUAUGAAGGUCCGGGAAUGCAUGCAAGCGGGACCGGUGGAGGAUUUCAGGGAAAGAGAUGAUGGUCUCUUGUUAUUUCGUGACCGAGUGUGUGUGCCGUCAGAUGAUGAGCUCCGAAAGUCCAUCUUAGAGGAGGCUCAUUCAUCGGCUUAUGCCAUGCACCCGGGGUGCACGAAAAUGUACCGUGAUUUGAAAGAAAGUUACUGGUGGUCUGGAAUGAAGAGGGAAAUAGCCGAGUACAUCAGCCGAUGCCUUACUUGUCAACAAGUUAAGGCAGAACAUCAGCAUCCAGCAGGCUUGUUACAACCACUUUCCAUUCCUGAGUGGAAGUGGGAACAUGUGACUAUGGAUUUCGUGGUAGGUUUACCACGGACAAUUCGGAACUACGAUGAGGUUUGGGUUGUUGUGGAUAGGCUCACAAAGAGUGCACACUUCUUGCCUAUCAACACUACCUACCCACUUGAGAGGUUAGCCAAAUUGUAUACGGAUGAGAUCGUGAGGCUGCAUGGGGUCCCAGUGACCAUUGUAUCCGAUAGAGACCCACGAUUCACAUCACGUUUUUGGCCGAAAUUUCAAGAGUCUAUGGGAACGAGGUUGAAGUUCAGUACUGCUUUCCAUCCACAGACGGAUGGGCAGUCUGAGAGGGUUAUACAGAUCUUAGAGGAUAUGUUGAGGGCUUGUGCGUUAGAGUUCCAAGGAAGUUGGGACAACCACUUAGCACUCGUGGAGUUCGCCUAUAACAACAGUUAUCAGGCAAGUAUCGGCAUGCCUCCAUACGAAGCAUUGUAUGGGAGGAGGUGUCGUACGCCGUUAUGCUGGGACGAGGUUGGCAUGGCCAAACUCGAGGGUACUGAGUUGGUUGAGAUCACCAAGUCAAAGGUGAAGUUGAUUCGAGAGAGACUCAAAGCGGCUCAGGAUAGGCAAAAGAGUUAUGCAGAUAAGCGUCGGAGGACCUUAGAGUUUAAGGUUGAUGACGAGGUAUUCCUGAAAGUUUCUCCUUGGAAAGGAAUCAUUCGAUUCCAAACCCGAGGAAAGCUUAACCCACGAUAUAUAGGCCCAUUCAGAAUUAUAGAGAGGAUUGGGGCCGUAGCAUAUCGUCUACAGUUGACUCCUGAGUUGGAAAAGAUACACAAUGUGUUUCAUGUAUCCAUGCUUAAGAAGUAUGUGCAUGAUCCCUCUCACGUAUUAGAAAAGCCGCAUGUGGAGGUACGUGAGGAUUUGAACUACGCUGUGCGACCAAUCAAGGUCACCGAUAGGAAAGUGAAGAAACUGAGGAGCAAAGAAGUCCCGAUGGUUAAAGUCCUUUGGAAGAGCGACCGGGUCGAAGAAGAGACAUGGGAAACAGAGGCCUUGAUGAGGAAACAGUAUGCCUUCCUAUUCGAGUAGAGCUGUGAAUUUCGGGGACGAAAUUCCUGUUAAGGGGGGGUGAACUUGUGACACCGCUCCCGAACGUCCUUGAAAAUUCGAUUUAAAAUUCAAAGUUUAUGUAUUGAAUUUCUGAUUCCCAAACAAUUGUGAAACGAUUGUUGUUUUACGUAAUUAAUGAUUGAUUAUUAUACUGUUCGAACUCGUAUAUUAGUAUCGGGCCUUAUUAAUAAAUAAAAGAUCCUAACAUUAUCUAAAUAGUUAUACAUAACGUUUCAAGACAAGUUGAGGAAGGGCGGGAAGCCCAUAUAUUAUUUGGGCCCAACCUGCUAAAGUAGCAAAUAUUUGAGGACGGCGUCGUAGGCCCACUCGGGGGCGACCCACACGGCUUGUAGCCCAAUAAUAUGAAUGACAAAUGUCAAGAUAAGUGAUAGGAUGAUUAAAGAAGAGUACAAAUGCCUAUAACCCCAUCUUUGGCAUUAUUGAGCCAAAUAAUGGGAGUAGGAUUUUCCUUCUAUAUUAUCCAUCAAGUAAAUUAUUGAGAUGAGCCUACACAUAUUGGGGAUCAAUAAUGUUAUGUAGGAAGUUGACUUGUUCUAAAUAAAUUAGGAUGAGUACAAAAAGACAUCUUUGACAAAAGAUAAAACAAUAGGACCCAUUCUUCCAUUUUUCGGUGUAUUGAUAGAUAUUUUGGAUCCCAAAUUAAUUGGGAUCAAUGGGGAACCACUCCACAUGAUAUUAGUACCUGCAAGACAAGGAAAAUAUGUGAGAAGACUCACCUUGGCCGCACCACAUGGAGAAGCACUGCCCAUGACACAAUUGGAAUCAAAUUUUGGGGCCACCACCACUGUUUUCGCACAAACAGGUGUGCUGUUUUGUCUCCCUUCAUUUUGAGAGUUGUACUCGUCCAAAUGAGGUGUAUAAGGUGUCCUUGGAUAGCCUUUGAAGUCUAUUUUCAUAAUUGAGUGGUCUCUGUUCGAGAGGAGAGAGUAGUCAUCCAAAAAUCGAUCUGAAGCGAGCAGUGGUCUGUGAACUCGAGCUGUGAGAGUGCUGAGACUGUUUGGUUGAUAUCUCGAGUUUUACCAAUCCAAUUAAGGCGUGUGAGAUACCAAAAGAAAGCUCUCAAGACGAGGAAUCCGUGAAGGUCUGGUUUGCAUCAAUCGGAGUAGAGGAAGGCUUCCAAAUCGUCCGAGCAGAACGCGACCUCGCAGGGACGGAUUUACUCUUCUAAGAAUCGAGUUAGCCGGAAAACACCCGUUCUAGGGGCUGUUUUCGUAUCAACGAUUAGGAGUUGAAAUAGCAACUUGAGGAAGCUGUUUAACACCCAUUUUCAAGCAAGGAACCAGCUCUCAAUAUUCCUUGGCCGAGGCUUUGGUCAUUGGAUCGAGAAGGAAGGUUUUAAAGCUCAUUUGAGGUUGAGGCUAGAGCUUGCUUCCUGUGCUCGUUGCUCGAGAGAUCAUCUAGGAGGGAAGACUUGGUUCGUGCUUCCUCCAUUCGUUUUUUAAACAUUAAUAAACAUGCUCAUGGAUAUUUUACUUUAGAGCCUGCGUGCUCAUGAAUAGCCCUGUGUGGCCCUUUGUUUUAAACAAUGUUUUCCGCUGCGUUAUGAAUUACUUAUUAUGUUUGUUUAUGGAUGUUACGUGUGUGAAUGAUAUUCAAGACGCCUUGUAUAAUAUGAAUGUGUUGGACUGUGGUUGACUAUU